CCGAAAAAAAUUAAAACUGGACAAAUACUCAAAGACAAGAUAGUAAUAAUGAUCCAUAAAUGAAGAAACUACAACACCAUAAGAAUCUUAACAUGCUAAGCUAAGAAGCUUUAUCAACAAAAACCAAAGCAGUGACUCCAAAAGCAAUAAUAGUUGCAACAUACUAGUAGAGAUUUGAUCAACAGUACAGUCACACACAAUACAGAUUAUAAGAGGAACACAUCCAUAGUUGCAACACAAGCAAUACAUAAAAGAAAUUAGGUGGUCCAAUCAUCAUCUUCAUCAGCUUCCUUCUUCAUCUUCACAAGUUGCUUCCACUCUUGAAUGGGAUGGCUCUGAUGACAACUUGAUGGUACAGUGCAGCAAGUGCAGCACCGAUGAACGGUCCGACCCAGAAGAUCCAAUGGUCAUCCCAAGCAUGACCUUUGUUGUAGAUGAUGGCCGCGCCCAGGCUGCGGGCCGGGUUGAUGCCUGUACCCGUGAUGGGGAUGGUGGCCAAGUGAACCAAGAAGACUGCAAACCCUAUUGGGAGUGGAGCCAAUAUAGGGACAUGGGAGUCCCGGGCAUUUCUCUUGGCAUCGGUGGCAGAGAAGACGGUGUAGACAAGGAUAAAAGUGCCAACAAUUUCAGCCCCAAGGCCAUCCCCCUUGGAGUAACCGUGGGCCACCACAUUCGCCCCUCCGCCGUUAGCCCCAUACAGAGACGGCUGGAAGCCCUUCACCACCCCGGCGCCGCAUAUGGCUCCCAGGCAUUGCAUCACAAUGUAGAAAACCGCCCUUGUCAGCGACAAUUUCCUCGCCAGAAACAGCCCGAAUGUCACUGCAGGAUUGAUGUGUCCACCUGUUUGUGUUUGGAACCACCGCGCCCACAAAAAACAUUUUAAGUAAUAACAAAAUAAACUGCAAAUAAACACUAGAACUGUUUGUCACAACAUUCUUCCUAUAUUUUCUUCCCAAGCUAAGUUUUCAGACAUGGUUAUAAAUUGAAUAAGCUAAAUGGGUGUUAUUUAAAAACGGAGUAAUUAAGGAAUUUGUUACAAAAGGGCCCAAUUUUGUCCCAUGGACAAAUCAUUUCUAUGAUAAAGAAAGGGAGGGUGGGGCAAGCAUGGUCCUUUUGUGAGUAUGGACACAUUAAUUAUGAAUUACUAUGGUUUAAAAUCAUUAAAUUUGAAGUAAUAAAUACUCUUCCGCCCCUUUUCUUUUUUAAUUUCCCUCAGAAUAAUUUUCUAAUUUAUUCAAUUUUCACUUAAAGAUAUACACUCUUCUUUUCAUAAAACAAUUCUGCCCUAAAAUAAAAUUACUGAGACUUUAAAAAUAAGUUUUGAAAACUUGGGAUAUUGGUGCCUAUUUUCCAAAUCUUUGGCCCAAAGAUAGCAUAGGGAUUAGAGUAAUAUUCAGGAAGAAAGACCGACUAAAACAUUGCAAAUAUAACAGGAUUUCCAUGCUUUUAUUCCCGAAAUAAGACUUAAAAUACAUUUACAUUAUCAAACAUGGUCGUGUACAUUACCAAAAAGUAUAGUAACGUGCACAUGUACAAUAUCACAUUACAACAGUGCGAAGUCUUAUGUCG